CUGGCUGGCUCUUCUGGUCCGUAUUUGUGAUCUGGACUGAGUGACUGACCGGUAGCAGAGGCGAGUCAUGGGUUUGCUGUUGAUGGUAAUGAGCUGUGUGACCUCUCUGUCUGCGAUGGUCCUGAUCAUCACAACUCAAGUUCUUGAGGGUGUGGAGUCUGAAGUCAUCACUGUGCAAGAGGGACAAGAUGCCAACAUCAAAUGUUUUCAUGCACUGGCACAUGACAACAUUAAAUACUUCUGCAGACAUCCAUGUAGACAUGAAGAUAUCCUUAUCACAUCUAAGGACCAGUAUGACUCUCAACCAAGAUUUUCACUGGCUGACCAUGGGACUGGGAAGUUUGAUGUCACCAUCUCUAAAGUGACGUCUAUAGACGCCGGAACAUACUAUUGUGGAGUUGGCCGCUACAUCAAAGACACGUUUGAAAAAGUCAUUUUAAACGUGAUUUGUGCCUCAACCAUCUCGGCAGACACCCCAUCGAUCACAACCACUGAACCAGACUUCAUCACUACCUCCACGGCUAAGCCAUACAGAGCCGCUGAUCCAUCAGGUAGCCUGGUGUAUGUGUUGGUCAGUGUAGGUGUGGUGGCUGCUGUGAUGGGGCUCAUCAUGCUCAUCCUCUACACACAGAGGAAGAGGAGACACACACAAUCCACAGACCAAGAUUAUGCAAAUGCAGUAGUGUUCACACAACCCACAGAUUCAGACUAUGUCAAUGCAGCAGUGGUAGCCAAUGCCCUUCCAGAGGAUCAGACCAACAUCUACCAAAGUCUCCAGCCAGAUGCUCUUCAUCAUGAUGUUUAUCAAACUCUUCAUAGAGCCACGGAUUAGAUAGGCAAUAGGUCUCUCUCUCUCUCUCCUUUCUC